AUGACAAACUCCAAAUUAUCUGUCUUUCGACCAGCUGAGCCAUCAACUUUUGAGGUUGUUGAUGGAAAAAGUCCUAAAAAAAGAGUUCAAAAGAAGAAAAGAUGGAACCAAGCGAUCAAAUUAAAUGCAGUAAAAAAGUUUUAUGAACUAGGUUUAACAAAAACAGUUAGAACGUUAAUUGAAGAAUUUCCAGAACAAUAUCAAGACCUAACACCUUCAACACUUCAGUAUUGGGUUCAAAUGCUUUCUCCAAAACUUAUUACAAACUAA